AUUUUUAGGUACUGCAUCGCACCGUACACUGUAUUCAAGAAACUUGGAAUCCCUGGACCAACACCCAUUCCAUUUUUGGGAACUUCAGCAGUCAUGCUCUUUAAUGUAAGUUGAACUUGCUUAAUUACGAGCCGGCUUGUUGCUACCAUACAGCUGACCAUAACAAGGAGAUAAUCUUUUAAAUCAGUGGUUAAAAUGGAAUCCUACUGAAUUUCUCUUUAUAGCCUCACAAGGGACCACUACAAACUUUGGAACGAUAUAAAAAAUAUGGCAAGGUCUUUGGGUAUGUAUAUCAGUUGUUUUUUCAUUUCCUUCGAUCACCGACAAGGAUAUUAAGUAGAUCUAGGACAUUUUUGGUAUUGGGUCUUACCAAUAAUAAUAAUAAUAAUAAUAAUAAUAAUAAUAAUAAUAAUAAUAAUAAUAAUAAUAAUAAUAAUUUUUUUUAUAAAUAAUAAUAAUACUUUAUUAAACUCUUCUCAAAUUGAAAAUUAAGUACAAAUUUAGUAUAACUAUAGUUAAAAAAAGACUUCUUGGUGGUCUGGUGGUUUUCAACAGAGCAAAUGUAAACAACUGUCUAUAAACUAAAAAAAAAGAAAAUUUCUACGUUCAUCCCAAUGAUAAAUAUAAUAAUUAUUAAAUUUUACUAUUUACAGAUUCAAGAAUAUGAAAUAUUAAGAUAUAUACCCUAUGUACAUUCUUCUUGUGUACGAAAGAGACUUAUCGUAAAAUGACUAUCUAAAGACUACUAAUAACAAUUAUAAAAAGCAUAAAAAAGUUAAUAAAAAAAAUAUUUAAAAAUAAUGAUUCAAACUGAUAAAAAGUUACUACUUAAAUUCUGGCUUGCAUACUUUCCGAUGUAAUGUCAAUGUCAGAUAUAUUGGCUGCUUUUCUCUUGCUCCUGGUUCCUCUGAGACACAGCAAGGCUGAUCGUAGGAUGGCAAAGGAUACUUUCGCCCUUAUCCAAGAUAUGGUUGUAGCGUAAUAAUAAUAAUAAUAAUAAUAAUAAUAAUAAUAAUAAUAAUAAGUGUUCUUUAGCCAGGUUAACCUCCUCAGCAUAAAAUUCUUAUAUCAAUGAGAGCUCUGGAAAAAUUAAAACAACCAACUUAUCACACAGCAUUUAAAAUACAUUAAAAAGCUAAAAUACAACAAUUAAAAAUACUUUAAAAACUUAAGUGAUAAAACUUGACUAGUAACUAAAAAGCUCGCGAUCUAUAAAAUUCAAAAAUACGGGUUUUAAAAGUUACAACUGAUGAGAAAAAAGUUUUGAUCCAUUAAAAUAAAGACUUCCGUGCAAUCUUAGUUCUCGCUUCGGGGAACAUUAAGUACUGUCCACUUCUUCUAGUGACGUGGAUUGUUUUAAAAACCUUCAACCCAUCUUCGCCGUUCGCAUUUUCGCAUGUUUAUGGUAAUUAAUGGUGAGACGUGUGGUGCUUUUUAGUAAGCUACCAGAUUGGAAGCAAUUUCAGCACUUUUUCAUUUAGUGAAAAAUAUGAAUCUAUGUUCUGAUGGCCUCAUUUACCCUUUAAGCCCCAAUAUCCACACACAAAUUUCCCAAACUGAUUCUAUACAUUUCCAUAAAGAAUGUUUUGAGAGAAUUAACUUUUGAUGAAAGAUCAAGGCAUUUUCUUUUUGAUGAUCAUUUUCAAUUUAUUGAUUCUAAUAACCUGAUCUCUUAACAAUGUAUGGAUAUCGUUAGGAGAAAAUUGAUGUUGAUCACCAUUGGGACUUAACGGGUUAAGGAGAGGUGGGUUCCGUCCUUCACUCACGAAUAAGUAAUUCUUAGUAUUCUUAAAGCCCCUGUAGAAAAGAGCGUUUGCGUUUUUGUAGUUUGCAGUUGAUAAUCAAGAGAAACAAGUAACUGUUUUAGUAUUGUAGAGUUUUGUACUACUGUCUUUCUUUGGCUGCCGUCACGAAUAUAGAUUUAGUGGGUGCUGUAGCCAUUGUCCACAUCUUUUUGUGAAUGAAUCGUGCUAUUUAUUACUGCAAUUUUUCUUCUUAAUAGCUCUUAUUUAUUCCGUGAGCCUUUUCUGGUCGUGGGUGACCUAGAUAUGGUAAAGGAAAUCCUCGUCAAGGAAUUCCCAAAGUUCCAUGACAGAAAGGUACUUAACCUGUGUUUAUGUGUGUGCGUAGUUUUCUAAUCACCUUAAGUUGUACCUUUGAGCAAAGUGAUAACACCAACGUGCAGCGUGUUGCAAGGCGGAGGGCCUUUAGCCUCCCCGGGAGAUACAGCAGAUCCAGAGGAACGGGACUCACAAGGCCCUCUGGCCUCCCACGCAGACGUUCUUAGGGGUUCGUCACCCGCUCCUGCCCCACGUACGUUCCUGCCCCCCACCCUCUCCUCGUUGGAGGGAUUGCUUGAAGAGCCAAAAGAACGUCUGCAUGGGAGGCCAGAGGGCCUUGUGAGUUCUGCUGUAUAGUGUUUUUAAAUAUCGGCCUAGACUAAAAGCUCAGUAGAUAUAGACAACUCCCAGUAUUGCAAAGACCCUCGGGACGGCAAGUUAGUGCCCUUGACAGGGAGAAUCCUCAGAUACAUCACAGGAAAAUCUGACUGUUGAAAGAUGGAGCUCGGUGUCCGUCAUGACGAGUGUUCAGAAAGAUCUGAAUAAUGGCGGGAACGAUGCUUUCGGUACCCAGGAAAGUGUCCGUACAAGCUGUAAGCUGUAAUGGAGAGAUAUUCUGUGGUAGCGGAAGUUAUUCCCUGUAAAACGUCCGAAACUUUAGAUCUUCGCUGCUGUCCCUAUUAUCGUUGAUCGUAAUAGAUAGGUGUAGCCCAUUACGAGCUCUAGGCGAUGAUAGAUAGCAACGCUGGGACCUGUGUGUUCGCUUUGUAAGAUAUUGCUCAGGGGCGUAGCCAGGAUUUUUCAAAGGGGGGGUCACAGAGGCUACUUACCCGCUGCUCUCCCUCUUGUAUCAGCAGGCUCAGUCGUAUUAUCGCGGCAUGAAGGCCCAUAUUAACUAAAGACAAGAGCCGUUGAUGAAAAUACUUUACAAAAAAACAAAUUUUAAAAAAGUGGGCUUUUCAACAAUGGCUUUUACGGCCAAGAUAUUGUCAUGGCGUUUUCGCCACCUAAAUAUUGUAGGUUGUUUGCUCAAAAGAAGGCCUACCAAGGGGGGGUCACGGGCACCCCAGGACCCCCCCUAGCUACGCCCCUGUUGCUGGAAAUUCAGAUUCAUGUAGAUAGCUUAAAAAGUGGAAGCAUUUUUCGUGCUUCUAGAAAAGUGUCUGUGGAAUAUAUGAAUGCAGAGAAGAGGUUCAGGCCAAAAAUGUUUUGGAAAAAAAAAAAUGAGUUUGGGACUCAGUAGUGUCCCCGUUCUAAUUUCGAGGGCUGAGUGUUCGUACCAGGGGCCGCUGAAGUGAUGCGAGUUGUCUUGGUGGAUUAGACAACGUAUCUGUCCAAACCUUAAUGAAUUUAUAAGCAAUAAUGGGAUCCAGUCCCUUUGCGGACUUGUGAGCAUCAUAAGGGCUGAUGGUUCUUGUAAUUAUAUAUUGUGAAUAUUUUAUAUGUUCGACAUCCAGUAAUAAUCUGUAAUAAUCUGUCGCAUAUUCAGGCUGUAUUAGAAGUUCCAAAGCCUUACGAUCGAAUGCUUACUAUUGUUGCUGGUCAGAAAUGGAAAGAUAUACGGAACACUUUGACACCAACCUUCAGUGCACAUAAAAUGAAGCAGGUAGGUGGCCCUCCUAGACAGAAAUUAACUUACUUUUUUUCAGGAAUUAUAAGUUAGGGAAAAAUAAUUAUGAUAAUCUCGUUUAGGAAUAUUUAGAAGCCAGUAUAGCCUUGUUCGGCCAAUUCUCCUUGGGGAGCAAGGGAUGGCGCCGUGGUGAGAGGGCUCGCCUCCCACCAAUGUGGCUCGAGUUCAAAUCCCGGUGUCGACGCCAUAUGAGGGUUGAGUCAAGAGAGAAUGAUCCAUUCGAAGGUGAAUUUGCAUAUCAUUGCCCUUAAUUUUGUUUCUGUUUGAUCAAUUUUAUUAGAUGAUGUCGUUUAUGAAUGACGCACUUGAUACGUUAUUGCUUAAAGUGGACGGGAUUUCCAAGACAGGCGAGAUUGUUGAUUUUCACAGGUAACUAGCUUUUCUUUGUUGUAAAUGCUUCGCGCCCGUCGAAAUUAUUUCGCAAAAAUGAGGUACCCACAAUUCUGUCGUCCGAGUUUUGAAACACUGAUAAGUUUCUUAGGUAAACUUUUCAGUGAAGUAUAAGCGUAUUGACAUUUUAUUAAACUUUGAACAGUUUACUGAUGAUAACCUUUAAGCUUUGAAGAACUCUGAUGGCUAGAGCUUUUGCAAGCGUCUUUCAUUGUUUAAUCAGUUCAUGUUACUUGCUGAGUAGCCGCUAUAUCUUGCAUUAAUUUUUAUAGAUUCUAUAGAUCAUGUCUGAAAACUAAAAAAAGAGGCAAAAAAAACGCCCAAAUGAUCACAAUUGGCAAUUAUAAUAUCACGUGUUAAUUCAUCAAAAUGAAUGUCAUCACUCACACCAAAAUCUUGCGGGGGAUUUUAGGAAUAGCUCACCACAUUAGAUAAAGGAUUGGUAAUGACUUUAUAAUUAUGGUCUUCAAAAAUAAAGGGAGCAUUUUGCAUUCCCUAGAACGAGUUAAUUGGUAUAUAUUACACGGCGUUUUUUUCUGUUUUUCAGAAAAACACAGAAUACUUUAAAACCAAGAGACCAUAAAGGGGACGGAGAGGGCAUCCCCCAUAUACACCCUAUUCCAUAGGUAAUUCGUCUCGAGUAAUUUUUAGAAUCGGGAUAAAGUUACCUCGCGCGAGGCGUGGAUGUUUCGUUGAGGUUUCGCAUGACCAAACGCCGUGCAAAACAUGUCGGGCGAGAGCCGAUGAAAGCGUAAAAGAUCGAGAGCAUUACUGAAUAUUGAAGCGAAAUGAGUCGACGCUCACCUGGGAAAAAGGAAUCGCUGGACUCUUUGACAACCCAUGAAAUCAGUUUAACUCGAAGUUGUCGCAACCUCAGUGCUUUAAUAAAAUGAGAAAUUUCGCCGGUCUAUUGAAACUGGUUGUUUGUACAAUUUAGGGAGUUUAAGAUCCAACGACGCGGACCACAACUAGAACGUCAAAAAAACAAUAGGUUUAAUUAGCAAAACAACAACUUUGCACGUGCAACACACUUUUUUGUUCAUUUCUUUCCCGUUUUUGCACGACUACGACGUGAAAAUGCCUAAUUUUGCGUUUUAUGGAGGACGUAAUUAAGCAACGACGUAAUUUUAUUUCUCUUUCUUAGCUUGAAUAUGGUCCCUUGAAAUUCAGCUUUAGGAGGGUUCGCCUACAAUUGACAAAGUAAGUGGGUAGGAAUAAUCGCUAUAAAGACUGAAAAAAAUAAACAUCAAACCAGAAAUUGCUCUCUUCAAACUGUAAAUUAUAAAUGAUCCUGAGAGAAUAUUCAGUGUGUUAAGGAUUUCCCUGCUCUACUGUUAGCUCUAUACAAGAGAGGAAGGGCGAUUCUUUUUUAAUUUCGGUUUCGCUGACACAGCUUUCGUAGAAAUCUCGCUGUAGUCGUUUUCGUCGACAAAAGGAAUAGCAAAAUCGCUCUCCGCGUCUUCCCCCAUUUUGUUCUGCGUCAUUUCGUGAAGGACGCGUGGCUCUCAGCGUGGGGGAACACAUUCGCGCUAUGUGAUUGGCUGUUGUCUAAUCCCCCUUGAGAUCUGUGGUGUUAAAAAUAACUCGAGACGAAUUACCUAUGGAAUAGGGUGUAUAUGGGAGAUGCCCUCUCUGUCCCCUUUAUAGUCUCUUGUUUAAAACACUAAAAAGAAACCUUCAUUUCAUAUUUUACAGAUGGCUUCAAAGUCUUACGAUGGAAGUAAUUUUAUCAACAGCAUUUGGAGUCAAGUCAGAAACUCAAACUGUCGAGAAUGAUCCCGUCACAGAAAUGGCAAAAAAGGCUAUGGCUCCGAACCCGAUUUUUCCACUAUUGAGUAAGGAUAUCUUUUUUUUUUCUUUUAUUGUGAAACAGGUCAACGGAAAAUAAUUGUGCUUCUUUAUUAUUUGAAAUACGUUGAAAAAUAUUUAUUUACUUCAUCUGCUUCCACAUUGACAAAUGUGUCCCGUAAACAAAUUAAUUUCUCCCAUAUAUACAUGAAAAAUGUCUCUGGAAUCUGAUUGGCCGAGAGCCAUGCAGUUUUUAGUAAACACAGUGCAAAAAUGAAGAAAUAUUAUGCAAAAACAAGGAAAUAAAAUGCAAAUAUCUCGAAGAUGGGAGCACUGUGAUUGGCUAAUAAACAAUAGAAAUAUAUUAGAACCAAUCAGGUGCCGCUAAUCACGGAGUAUCAACAUAGCCAAAUAAGAUGGGUUCCUGGGUAUUAACGGGCAAUUUCUAAAGUGUUGAGGGUGACCGUUAAAAACAGAUUCCACUAAUUUUGACCGGUAAAUUUGUUCAUGUAUAUUAUUGAAGGGUUAUCAAACGACUUUCCUCAUUCAAUUUGGAAAAUACUUUUCCUUGACGUCUGUUUUUCAAAGGCUAAAAUUGUUAUACUGUUUGAAAUACACACUCUUGCAAAUAACUAAAUUGCAAAUUGAGCUCGAAGUCGUAUGAUUACCUAUACCAAAGACAUUGCAAAAAUAAAAUAUCACAACUGAAUCACUGUGCUGAUUUUUUUUGUAGUGCUAUUACCAUUUGGAAACUUGAUAGGCAAGUGCCUACCUGAUCCUUUAAACUUCAACAGGAUUGGAAAGAUAGCCGAAGAUAUUAUCGCUGAAAGAACUAAAGCUAAUGGCCCCAGCAAACUACACGUAAGAGUCAGCUUAUCAUUUUUGCUGCUUUGUCAAAAAUAUUAGAUACCUAACAGACAGGCUGUAAAGAUUAGAUCAGUGCUCUUUUUUAGCUACGACUCGAUAAGAAACCUCGCUUAUACUUUGUUUUUUUUUUAUGAAUUAUAGCUACUUAUUUCUCUCCUACAUUUGCACCCUUCUUGUUUUAUCACGUGUUUGCUAAUGAAAGCGUUAUUUCAUUAUUCACGGACAAGUCGCGUGAAAAUCACAAAAAAAAAUUAACCUAACGGUUCAAAAGCGAAACGUGACGUUAAUGCCAACCCCCAGUAAUUAACAAAAUUAUCGUUGCUAUGCAAUGUCAGUGUAAACAAUAGAAAUUUAAACUAUAAAUUUAAAAAAUAUAUUGUUUUACCAGCAUAUCCUAGCAGUGAUCGAUGCAUAAAAUAUGCAGAGCUAAAUGCAAAUGCAAAGGAUGAAUUGCAUUUGAAAUUUAAACUAUAUGUAUUUAUUGUCCGUUUGAAAUGUUUGUUUUUCUCUUUUCAACGACGUCAGGGAACAUUUCUUACGGGAGCGUUGUUUUAAUUUACCCUCAAACUUUUGCUGUAUAAAAAGGGGGACUCUAUGUGCUUGAAUGCAGUAUAUUUUGUUCGUAGCGAAAAGACUUGCUACAGCUGAUGCUUGAUGCAAAAGAUGAAACUGGGGGCGAAAAACUUGACAAUGAAGAUAUCCAGGCCCAAACUCUUGUGUUCCUUCUUGCUGGUUAUGAAACUUCCAGUACCACUCUGGGAUUUCUUUGUUAUCAUCUCGCCGUUAAUACGCAUGUCCAGGACAAACUAAGAGAUGAAAUUGACCUUAUGUGGCCUGGAGACGAGGUAGGUCAUUUCUGAAGUUGCCUUUUUUCACUAGAUGAUUGGAAUGAUCUCAUUUGCGCUGGGUAGAAUCCAUAAAACCUUUUGUUUUCCCUUGAUGUUAAAUUUCUACAUGAUAAUCGAUUAACCUUUACUUGAAGGCAGCCUAUUUUCAACCACGAAAUUCAGAGUGAAAAUACUUACUAAAAUUGGAGACCAAUUUAUUUUAUUUUAUCAAUUUGAAGCCAAGACUAUAGGGUCAGAGAGAUUUUCAUCGUUAGAACCAGAAAAAUCAACUGGUAAACUCGUCACAGGAGAAUGUUGUUGUUGCUGCCCAUAAAAAACUCACUUUUUAUCAUAUAGCAACAUAUAAAAUAAAAUUGUUGUUAAAUUUGUAGGAAUCACCAUCCUAUGACGUUCUUCACCAAAUGCCUUAUCUUGACAUGGUUAUCAACGAAACACUGAGAAUUUAUCCUCCGGGAUUUCUGUAAGUAACUAUUUUCCUGUAAAAAACGAACGGGAGGCUGAUUAGAGAUCUUAUGAAAAAGAUCUUAAAAAUGUUUACGAAAGCCCCAUGCUUCCUACAUGCAAUUAGGAAAGGCUUAUGAUAUAUUUAUUAUAUAAUACUUGAAGCCCCGCAAAGGUUAAAGGGGCUAAUUGUCACCCCUAGAGGAUGCGCGAGCCAAUGAAGACAAACUUGAAAACGUCGGCCCGACUUUUUCAAGUUCUGUCGGUGAUUUUAUCUAUCUAAACAAUGAGUAAUUUGCAUAACCUCAGCGUGAAUGCAUGCUCUCCAGCUGACAUAGCCCUUUUAAGUUCCUUAAAUACAGCUAUUUCAAGAACUGGUUGUCGGAAAAAGUGCACGCGACAAUCCCGAAAGGUAUUGUGGGUGGUUUUGAGUUCACUGUUCUUCAAAGAAAUUUGAGAGAAUGGCACGAGAAGCCAUGGAUAUCAAAUGUUUGCGAGUGCUAAAGAAAAGUAACAAAAGUAGCUUCGACAGCUAGCUGCAGUGUCAGGAACAGUGAAUGAUCGUAUCCCAUAUUACCUUUCGCGACUGUCGCGUGCGCAAUUUUUUCCGACAACCUUUCUCGAAAUAGCUGUAUACGUCAUUCAAUCCUGGAGUGGGACCAUUUGGGUGGUUUUUGGGUGGGUGACAUGUAAAAUAAUCUAAAUACGAUUGGCUAACUACAAACGUGACCUAGGAGUUGAGCUCGAGAUUAUCAAGAAGUAUGCUUCCAAAACCCGGAAGUGAGACUUCUCCCCGAUAUUUUUCUGGGGAGACUGGGGCGGAUGUAUACCAGCUUCACCUCGUAGCAGAGAGAGAACUUUAAACUCAAGGUCCAAAGAUUUACUUCAGGGCCCUAAGCCACCCUCCUCCUGUACUUACGGUAUUAUUCCCUAACCUCUCACUUAUUUUUACCUCCUAUUAGCCUCCAAAGAGAUUGCAACGAGGCCUGCACUAUUAAAGGAGUGCACAUUCCCAAAGGCUUACCGAUUAUAAUACCAGUCUAUCCUAUUCAUCAUGAUCCGGACAUUUGGCCAGAGCCUGAAAAGUUCGAUCCUGAAAGGUAAAAGUAAUGAAAAAAAAAUGCAAGACAGUUCCUUGCGGAUUUUGUUUCGCUAUUGAUUAUCUGUGGUUGUACAUUCUACCCAAUAUUUUUCCAUUUCAGGUUCUCCGAAGCCGAGAAAGCAAAGCGCCAUCCGUAUGCCUUCAUGCCGUUUGGUUACGGUCCUCGCAACUGCGUUGGAAUGCGAUUUGCUUUGUUGGAAAUUAAACUGACGGUGGCGAAAUUGUUAAAGAAAUACAAGUUAGAAAGCACAGAAAAAACGGCGGUAAGUAUGACAAACUCAUUUAAAUUGCAAAGCUUCAGAAAUAUAUUUUUGCUUCGUAGCACAACUUGUUAAAGGGAAUAAAAUAUAUAAUUAUGUAGACUGUGAGCUUGUCAGGAAAAGACGUGCGGCGUUCGAUGUACAUUGAGAGAGAGAUGGCAGGAUUUUUUCCCUCCUUUAACUUAUUCCCAACUUUUUGCAGCCCGCGUUAUUUUCUCUUAACUGGUUUGCUUAGUUGUUUGUUAGUUACGCGUGGUAAAAGCAGAAAUUCCUAUUUGAGUUACUCUGUUACGGUUCCAAUAUUUUUUAUGUUUUUCAAUCUACUGUAUUUACGCCUCCGAAGCCUACUUAAUCCCUGUUACAGUAUGUAUAACUGUAAGUUUGUUUUCUGUGCCCUUGAACAUCUAACAAAAGUGCCAUAGAUAGUACUUUGGUACUCAUUUGAUUCCUUUACCUAUAUAAAUGCACGAUGCAUGGUUCAGCGAAGUGUCGCACAAUUUUUUUAACCACUCUGAACCACCCUCAGGGUGAAAGAAAUCAACUACAUCGAGUAUCGAGAGCCGAGUAUUUUCGGUUGAUUAUGGGUUCCUCGGAGAUAACUGAAGUUUUUUCCCUUCAUUUGCAGGUGCCAUUGAAUUUUAUCGUUGGCGCUGUGCUUACUUGUCCCCCGGGAAAAAUCAUGCUACGGGUCUCACCGCGGGAUUAAAAGAAUGUUGCUACAACCUAGUACUUAACUUAAGAAGAGAAUUGUAAAAACUGACGAUGUAUAAGUGCUGUGUUUACUUUGCCUGUGAAAAAGCCGACAUAUCUCGACUCCACCACUGGUUUCCUCGCGAAAUGACUUGCAUACUGAUGAGGCGUCACUACCAAGAUGUGGAUACUGUACUUCUGAUUAGAUGAAGAAAAUUUUCAACCAAUCAGGAACACAACCUAGAUCAGGGUAGUGACGCGUGCGCGUGUUCUGUGCUCGUUUCUUAGACGUCAUUUCUCGUGGAAACCAGUGUUCGCGUCACGAUAUGUGGGCUGUUUUUUCAUCCCAGUGUUUACCUUUAACUGAACUUGCUGCUGUUUAUUAUACUAUACAAGACCUUACCGAGAUUUCUUUAAAAGGUUAUCUGUUUGUUAUGUUGGUUAAUGAAACUUUCCAUCGCAUCUUCAGUUGUAAAUCAAUUGGUAGCCGCAAAAGUCAGUAGCAAAUGAUCGUCUUUGGGAUCAUGACUCUUGGAGACCUCUGAGACUCUCUGGCGGUCAAGAAACUCCCGUGCAUAUCUAUCUCGUCCUUGGGAGUGACGUUGUUAUUUAACAAACCUACUUCUGAAGGGGGCGUACCUGGAAUAAUAAAGAUAACUUUGGUUUGCUUUACUACCGUUUUCUUUUUUGAGUAGACUUGUAGAGAUAAACAUAUCUUUAAACAUGUGGUGAGCUGUGGAUCUGGGAAGGGGUGGUAAAUGCUAUUGGUCAGGGCAAUUCCCUUCCCACAUAAUCUAGGAUGGCAGCCUAAGUCGAAAAUCAUGAUGACCAAGGACUUUCGGUAUGUGCCAAACCCAGGAACACACGUCAACUCAAAACGCCCUGAAAAAACUGGAAAUAAACAAAUCGAAUAAGUCCAAUACGCCCGAACCUUAACCCUAACCUGUAAAUAUUUAGCUUUCUUUCUGUUGUCUUGUCCACGUCUUUUUGUUUAUUAUCCUUUUCCAACUUUUUUAAGUCACUUUAAAAGUGCCCAGCGCAAAAAAAUGGGGCCUUCCACUGUUCACAAUGUGUCAAUGUAAUGGCUUCCUAACAAGUGCAUGCUACGUUUUUUAGUUAAUGGAUUCGACUAAUAUUAUGCCUUCAACUCAUAUUCAAACACACACACGACCCCUCAAUCACCUUUAUUGCAUUGAUACUGAUCGCGUUAAAAUAACGGAUACUCGUUAACGUCCGUUCAUUUGUUUAUGUUGUUUGUGCUCAUGUAAUCGGCUUCUCCCUGGGGUAUGACCUUAGGCCAACCAGGGCUGUUGGAAAAAACAAGGCAUGGAUUGGUUUCUUUGCCCUGGGGAGGGGAAAAUUAAUGACAUUGUGUUAAAUCGCGGACGGCAACUAGUUCGAUGCGACAAGGAUUCAUGAUCGCUUUCCCCAGCCGUAAAUAUCGGGAAAUCGAAAGGGGAAUACGCGUUUGUUUUAUUUCUACAGAUAGAGAAGAGAUGACCUCACCUGACGUGUUUGAGAAUGCCGCGGUCAAACAUAACGUUCCUUCUGGCCCUUCUUAUAACAAAUCGGAAAAACGUUUGCAAGAAAAAGCACGUGUCCAUCAUUAUAAUAGUAAAAUUUGACAUGCGCAUUCAGGGACCGCGGAGGGGGAGGGGCUGGUAGGGCUACAGCCCUACCACUUUUAUUGCUGGGAUUUAUUAUUAUUUAUUAUUAUUGCUGCGGUUUAUUAUCUAGCGCUCCAGUUGACAUGGAAAAAGUAUGGAUUUUUCUACUUGAAAGUAAUGUUAGGCGUCUACUCUUGCAUAUUUCAUGCCUCACGUCAAAGGCCCGGACGUCACAAACGAGACGCUCACAAAAAUGUGCACUGAUCAGAGCUUCGACCAUUGCUCGCCUGGUUGGCGAACCGACGCUUCCAAGAAAGCGACGCGCUCCGGCCAGACUGGAGGUUGGUGUUGGUGCACCUGGGCUAUUUUCCCAAACUGCCGAAGAUCACUUUUAAGAUUUUAAGAAGGGUCUAUUAUCGUCAGUGCUAUCGAUCAGCGCUUUAAUCAGGAAAGCUUCAGCUCCUACGCCCAGAUGGAGACUGCUAAUGGUGACGACUAUGAGGCAGAGUUCCAGAUUCUUGAAGCAUCAUACAGCAAAGAUGUUGAUAGCCUGCGAACGGCAGACGUUUCUCCUCGCGACACGUCUUUCAGCGGCGAUGAGCAAGGAGAAACGUCUGCCGUUCGCAGGCUAAGAUGUUGAUACAUGGGCGCUACCUGGGCAACUAAGCAUUUUGGAAGAUAUGUUAAAUGAAGAGAAGACAUCGUGUUUUGACGAAAUCCUGUUGGCAGUGUCAAAGUUUCCAGAACCAGAACAAAUAAUCUGUAAGCUGCUUGCUGUAAAUCCUGCUACCAGCGCUACUAUACUGGCGAGCGUUCAUUCUCAUCUGCACGGCGUCUGAAGACGUGGCUUCGAUCCCGGGGGGUACUCCCAUACAUUACGUAUACGGGUAUGUGCCGCCCAACAGGGUCGUGAUUUUGAAGCUCCUGGUUUAGAACGGGGUAUCCAUUUCAGAGGUGUUUAUUAGAACGGGGUAUAAUAUUUCGAACUCACGAAAGCUCCAGUUUUGUAAGCAGUCAUUUGAAAUUAUUCAAGGACAGAUUGCUUUUAAAAAAACGGUUCAAUGCGUUAACAAGCAAACUGUUAUACUCUUGUUGCACCCUAGAACGGAGUAUAAAAAAUUGGCCCAUUUCUAGAACGGGGUAUCAGUUUUGGGGCGAAUUCUAGAACGGGGUAUAAAAAAAUGGCCCAUUUCUAGAACGGGGUAUCAAUCUUAGGGGAAAUUUUUUUUAGAACGGGGUGCCAAUUUGGAGUCCCGGGCGGCACAUACCCACCCAAAAAUACCCAAGUGCCCCCCCGGGCUUCGAUCCAGGAUGGAUCACGAAAGUUUUAGCCUAGCAAUGAACAGACAGUGUCUCUAUAGGGUUGCACAGGAGUUUGUUUCCCGCAAUGAGAACCGCAACUUCAAGAAGUAAGGCCCGGUUCAGACGCCGUACUUUUCAUGAGCCGAACCUAAUACAUUGAAUUAAGUACAUGAAAAGUUCGGCGUCUGAAUCAAUUAGGAACGCCUGUUUCAAUUUGGAACGGCUCACCCGUUCUUUUCGCCUAGCCCGGCCGGGAAUUUCGCCUCUGGAUCGACUUUGGAACGCCUUUGAUUCAGACGCCGAACUUUUCAUGUACCGAACCUAAUGCAUAAAUUCUUAUAACGUAUUUUGUAAGCAGUUUGACCAAAAUACGCAUUUUUCGCCUUCUGAAUUUAGUUCGGCUGGAAUUAAGAUCGGCGUCUGAAUCAAUUUAGCCGGUCUUAAUAAUUUGGGUCGGCCUUAAUUCGAAUUAGGUUCGGCUCAUGAAAAGUUCGGCGUCUGAACCGGGCCUAACAAUCUUAAUUAAGUAGGUUUAUUUAACAUAUUGACUAUAUUGGAUAGUAUAACACGUGUCGACCUUUAUGUUACAUUCUUUGAGGCUGUAAAUAGGAUGGCGCGCAAGUGCACUUUAAGUGGCGAAACGCUGACCUUAAUAUAAUGUUUUCUUGUACUGGCCAGAUUUUUUAGCCCUACCACUUUAAAAUGGUCUCCGCGGUCCCUGGCAUUGCUUCAAUAGUCCGGAUAUAACACGUUUCCAUUCCUGUUGCGGAAACUGCGAGAAAAAAACUAUCAUAAAAAUUCUCCUCGAGAUCAAUACCCCAGAUUGGCCGGGGUCCUACCCCUGGGGGAAGCCGAUGAUAUGUGCAUUAGAUUUAAAAAACAAAUCUCAACAUAAGCCAGCUGAUAAGCAGCUUCCCUGAAGGAAAGUAACAUGCAGCUUGAAUGUGCUUCCAAAACCCGUACGUAUUAGCUGCGUCAAAAAUAUUAUUAGCGCCGUGGGCUUUCUUUCGCAUCUCCUCAGUUUUUCAAAUCUUUAUUCUACCUUGGAACAAAUGCUUCCAGAUAUACUAAGAUACAGAGUGUUCAAUUUCUGCCGAGUCUAAAUAUUGCAUGACGAGUGAUUACAUAUCGUUUGCCACUUACAAUGCAGAAUGCAAAUGAAGUCACGCUACACACGUUCAGGCUCCUCAUCUAAGCGCCCCUUUAACUGUAAGAAGAAACAGGCAUUUUGUAAGAUGUUGAGGAUAGGAUCCCUCAGUCAGUACAACUGUCAGUAGCCUCCAGAGACGAAUCUCAGUGUACACUACAAAAAUGGUUGACCUUCUGCUAUCAGCGAUAGAAUUUGCGUUCGACCACUGGAUCACACUCGCUAUUGGACUUGUGGUGCUACUAAUUUACCGGUUUGUUAAAUGUGGCAGAGUCUGUUCUUGAUAUUAAUGAUACGAUAAUAGUCAAGAAUAAUAAGUAUUUUCUUUAUUUUCACAAUUCAUUCAUAUAAAAGAUCCUUACACGGCUUUGUGCAUUCACAGUUGACAUUACCACAUUAACUUUGUCGAGAUAAAUCACCGAUCACCUUUGUAUUAUCAUCGGCAGAGUAGCAGUAAAGUUCAAAAAUGCCAUAAAUUUAGGGUGCACUGAUUUCUUUGGGAGAAUCCAGUUUGAUUUUCAUGGGAUUUCUAAACACGCCAUAGUGAAUUUCCCAUGCUAAAAACAUGGUUGCUUGCGUGACAGAGAGACGUGGUGGCCGUGACACAUGACAAAUACAAAUGACGUCAUAGUUCCAAGCAUUGGGCGUGAGCCGUGACUUCUUACGUAGGAUUGCAAAAAUUUUACUCUGUUUAUAACGUACGGCUUGGCAGCGAUACGAUACUCGGGAUGUUUGACGAAGAACCACUUUGUGAAUUUGAUACAUGUAAAUUAAUUCAUUUGAUUUAUAUAUAUUUUUUUAAAUAGGUACUACAUCUCACCAUAUUCUGUAUUCAAGAAACGUGGAAUACCUGGACCAACGCCGAUUCCAAUUUUUGGAAAUUCAGCAAGUAUGAUCUUCAGUGUAAGUUGCAAUUUAUUUUGACAAUGCUCAUUGGACUGUCGUCAUUACGAAAUAGAUCGGCUGCCCUAUCAGGGGUUAAUGGAAUACAGAGUCUGUUAAUAGAAGAGAUUGUGGGACAUCCAGGAUUCUGGAUAUUAAACCUUAAACGAAAUAAAACUUAAAAUGAUGUCUAAAGUGUUUCCUCUUCCCAGAUAUGUUGAGGCACGUGAAAAUAAGUUUGCUUUUUACUAUCGGUUAAUUUAUAGAUUUAGCUAAGGCCAAAAGCGAAGUUCUCGAGGGAUCUUUAUAAGAAAUGACUUAAUGUCAACUUUUGCCCGGGCAGUGCCGUAGCAUGGGGAGGGGCCGGGGGGGCCUGCCCUACCCCAAUAAUUUUUACAGGCACGUUUAAGCUGGUCAAUGGACACACUCUUCACGCUGCUCUUCGGUUCAAGGGGUUUAUCUCGGUUCGAUAAAGCGUCAAAAUUAUUUAUUUAUGGCUUCAACCAACCGGCUCCUGCUUCAACAAAGAAAAAUUGCUGGAAAGUAACGCUCUCCCAAGGCUGAAAAUGCUAUUUUAGAGACCCUGUAGUUCAAAAUCUUCCGGGGAAGCAUGUCCCCGGAUCCACCUAACAGCCCCCCCCCCCCUCCCCCCCAAUAAAUCUAACCUUGCUACGGCACUGUUUCGUAAGCAGCGAGCACAGUGAAUUCAACCUAAGAAAAUGAACCUGAGCCUGUGAUACAAUCAUGUGACACUGGCCAGCAAUACCUUUUUUGACAGCUGUCAUUUGACCAUAACAUUAAAAUUUUGUUUCUCUGAAAAUUCCUUUUACAGCCCAAUUCUGUUCCAAGGCUUCAGAUGGAAUGGUAUAAAAAAUAUGGCAAGGUCUAUGGGUAGGUUUAUCAGUAGAAUUUCAAUUCUCCAUGUAACUUCCCUCUAUACUGUAGUCUUUUCACAUUUAUAGAAGGAAACAAGUUUACGUUUCUAAUCAUGAAAAGGAGUUUAUGUUUUUAGCUAUAAGGACACGAGCGUGCUGUUGGUUUUGACUUGAUGAAACAUUCGUUAAAAUUUUUUUUUCUGUUAGACGUAAACCUACUGACAAGCAAUACGUCUAUAUCUGUUUUGAAUGUAGUGGAACCCCGUUAAUACGACCACCGUUGGGCCAUAAAAAUCCUGGUCGUAAUAACGAGGUGGUCACAUUAACGGGGUCUUCAAAAUAAUAAAAUGACUCAAUGUUUCUUACGUUUGGUUUGAAAGAAUAUGGCCGUAAUAACGAGGUGGUCUUAUAAACGGGGUGGUCGUAAGGCGGGGUUCAACUGUAUGAAUUAGGCAAUGAGUGUAUUAUUUUUCAUAAUUCCUUUUUUUGUUUUCCUAAAAGCAUGUAUUUUUUCCGUGAGCCUUUUCUGAUGGUGGGUGAUCUAGACAUGGUGAAGGAAAUACUCGUCAAGGAAUUCACAAAAUUCCAUGAUAGAACGGUACUUAUAUUACCAUUCUGACUGAAUUAUUUUGAAUUUUGUACUUAGUUUUUUUUCACAAAACUUUAUACAAUGCUACGCUUUUUUCGUGAUUGCACUUAUUUUACAUAAUAAGCAAAAGAAAAUCAUCAUUCUCUCUUGUAUUAAGACUUUCACCCUCAUAGUCUGAUAAGGUAACAACUCGCCCGUACUUCAUAAAUUGUACAUCUCUUUGCAUUCUGUAUUACACAGGACAUAUUUAAUUUUCCAAAGCCUUAUGAUCGAAUGUUAACUAUGGUUACUGGACAGAAGUGGAAAGACAUACGGAACAUUUUGACACCAACUUUCAGUGCGUCUAAAAUGAAGCAGGUGAGUUAUGCUGGGGCACGUAGACUGAACAGAGUUAGCUCAUUCGACAAACAGUACAGAAAGUGGAAUCCCCCGCUCUACGGACACUUGCUUAGUAAGGACACCAGUGUGUAUAACGGGCAGUUAAGUUCGUCUUGACGAAAAGCUCAUAAAUUCUUUCUCUGAAUUAACACGCUUAAUACGGACGCCGGUUAAUACGGACACUAGCGACACUUUGUUUCCCAAGGCAAAAGCUCUCGUAAUCGUCAAACCUCGCAUUACGGGCCGGGCAGUGGUUAUCUGCGCACUGUCAAUGACUGGAUAUCUUACCAGUAAAAACCCAACAGAAACGGCGAAUGACCUUUCAAAGUUUCUAUCUAACAUUAAGUCCAGCUGGCUGAUAAAAGCUUUAUUAGAAAGUAAAGUCACGGGUUCCAAAUAUCGUGUUUCAAGAAAAGUACUUUAAAGGUAUAAUUUAGUCUGAGACUGUGAUGAAUGAUCGUGAUGUUCUUUUAGGAUGAACUUGUUACAGUAACAAUUCAGAAAUUGAAUAAAUUUUCUAGUAAAAAUGUCUGCGUAUUCCUAAUAAUCUAAAAAACAUGCGUCCGUGAUGUUUUUUUUUUUAAAUUGCUGUUUAAUACGGACCCUUAGAGUAUACAGACACUAUGGUGUGUUCCCCGGGAGGAGGGGUACUGCCAUAUAUGGGCUAUAUAGGUAUGUGCCGCUGUGAAGGGUAUGGUUUUCAAGCUGUUUACUCUGGGAUAGGGUAUAUAAAUCAGAGAGUUUGGGUCUAGAACUGAGGGUAUCAUUUUCCAGGAAACUGAUCAGCUCAAGGAGUUGUGGUGUGGAUGAAAUCUUUCAAAAGGAUUUUUUUUUCUUUGCAAUUUGAUUUGAAUGUUAAACUUUAACAUAAUUGCUUUAAGCAUUGACUUAGUCUUUCACUUUUCUUUGAUCCGUCAUUUUAGAUGAUGCCAUUCAUGAAUGAGGCACUUGACACGCUUUUGAAGAAGAUGGAUAGAGUUUCCAAGACAGGAGAGAUUGUUGAUUUCCACAGGUAUAGCUAAAUAAAAUGAAAUAACCAAUGACAACACUGGCGUCGUGUAACGAAAACGGCCGACAUCUUAUAUCCUCCAUCUUGGAUUUCCGCCAAUCGACAUGUUAAAAGAUCGCUUAACUGAAAUUAAGAUUAAUAAAAAAACUAAGGAUGACCGUAAAGUACAGUACAGUUUAACCCUCCAAUCAUGUUACCACGGAGAGUUGCAAUGGCGACUACAUGGACAACCAAUGCAGCGAAACCACUCUUAUCACGGCUUGCGUAGACCUCUGUCCCUACUCAAUACAGACAUUUAAUAGUUUAGCGAUGUUUAUCCAAGGGUCCCGUUGGAAUGGACGCUUCCACUCAGCAAACAGCAUUUUCCUUGUCAACAUACUGAUUGGACAAUGGCAAACAUGAGCAAUAUAUUUUAAGUGAUGGCUCCUGAUCACAUUUCUAGGUGUUGUUUUUUGUUAUGGAUAGGAUGUCUGUGUUGGUGUAUCAGAGUCUAAAUUCUGUAUUCUCUGAGUCUUCAGGGGUUGGGACUCCACUCCAUCCACCAUUAACCAGUUACCUCAACAACUCCAUUCUUCAAGUCUCCAGCUUCCUUGAGUCCUUAAAUUUAGAAGGAUAAUUACAAUUCGGUCUCGAGAAGACCUGUGAGUUGAAACGUUUUGUCAACGUUCUAGCAUACACGAUAGAACGUCCGUCUCAUAGAACUGCUUUUGCUUUCAAUAUUUGCCCAAAAUCCGUUAAACUUUUGCCGAAAGGUUGUUGGGGUGUUUUUUUAAAAACCAUAAAUUUUAUUAGUUUACAGAGAGCACUUAGGGUGAACCCACCUGGCUUGCCUCCGAGCUACUACAGCCGGUUAAGAAAAUACAUAUAUAAAACAAAUUGCAUUAAACUUUCUUUACACACAUGUUUUAUUUGAAAUUUCAUUUACAGAUGGUUUCAAAGUCUCACCAUGGAGGUUAUUUUAUCAACAGCAUUUGGAGUCCAGGCAGAAACACAAACUGUGGAGAAAGAUCCCAUCACUGAAAAAGCAAAGAAGGCUCUGGCACCGAACCCUAUUUCUGCAUUAAUGAGUAUAAGGCCUGUUUCAGACAUCGUGCUAGCCUACUACCGUGCCGAACUUAAUUGAUUGAAUUAAAUUCGACUUUAGCACGACGUUUGAAAUCAAGUCUCGCAACUGCCGUACCGAACUCAGUUCGUAAAUUAUUAAUACAUUAGAAUAGAUUUUUUGAAAAAAAAAAAAAGUCCACGAAACCAAUUUUUAUUUUUAAGUUUUUUUUCCGUCUAAAACAAACAUUUGGGUUAUAGAAGCAACGUAAUUUUGUUCCAAGCAAGUCUAAGAAUAUCCGUGUACCGUGGGUACCGUGGUAGCGUUUGAGAAAUUUCCUCCCUCAAAGAAAAAUAAAUCGCGCUGUUAUAGAAAUGUAGCUUUAGGUCACGUUGAGUUCUUUAAUUUCUUGGAGCUUGAUCAUGAUUGCUGUACGUUUUUUUAAUUUCACAUAGUGCUGUUACCCUUUAGAAGCUAUCUAGCAAAGUACUUACCAGACCCGUUUAACUUCCGCGAGAUUGGAUCAGUGGCUGAAGAUAUUAUCAGGGAAAGAACGAAAGCAAGUGGCCAAAGUAAAACUCAUGUAAGUUUGUCUACGCCGGCUGAGUGAAUUAACAAAAGCUUUUUAACUGUUUUCGAAGUCUAAAUUAAAAGGUCCCCAACCAAAAGAAUUUUUCACUCUGUUCACAGUCCCCUAUUUUUUCCACCCAAACUGCCCCCCUCCCCCUAAGUAGUUUUGACACUCAUCCAAAAUGGCUGCCCGUAACGCAAAGUGCUCGAUCUCCUUGAUCUUAUGGAAAAAUAGUCUAAGAAUUUUCGUCCAUUUCCGUCCUUUUAGUGUAAAUUGGAACUUUACAAAUUAUUAAUUAAAAGUUAAGCUUCAUCAGUCUAGCUACGAAUUGUGAAGAUUCACAAUCUUGCCUACUUUUAAUAAUAGACCAUAAUAUCUCAAUGAGAGGUUCUUUUUCUAACGUAAACACUCACAUUUAGAUUCCUUUUCUCCAUUAUUUCAAGUCACAAACAAUACGUUCCCUAGCUCAGAGACCCAUAAUGGGCGUUUGAUAUCACCUACGGCUUAUUAGUAAUUUUGGGGAUACUACCCAGAGAGUGCUCCUCUUUCAGCGCUGGUGACCCUGAACUAAGGUGCGCCGACGAUGAUGUCAGCAAAUUAAUCUUGAUUGUUUUAAACACUGACGUUUGAUGACAUUUCUAGGACAUAAUUGAUACUGUUUUUCACUAAUCGUGAAAAGGUGGGCGAACGUCACAAAGGUCUAGUUUUCUAUGACAAUGAUAUGAUCUUAACAUCGCCAAAUCCAAGAAAUCGGAACAGUAUAUCCAUGAGAAUUUCGAACUUUUAUCUGUCUCUUCGAUGAAAGCUUUGCUCGCCAUUGUAAAAGUCACUGACGCGAGACAUAACGUCAUACUGGUACGAGGACUGAACCACCGAUUUCCUUGGAGACACCUCCCCCCAGCCCCGGUACAAGACAUUACCAUGAUUCACUAUUAUCUAUUAUUCAAGCGUUAAUCCUUUCGUUUAUUUUUCUAUCCAAUGAUUUUAUCUACAAUGGUUUUAAUUUUGUUAUUUUUUUCUAGCCGGCGAGUAACCUCUCCAUCUUGCGCCUUCUCGCGCAGCUCCCUUCACUCGUCCAAAUAGGAGAGCUUGCUUGCAGGCUAUGUUGUUUCCAAUCAACUGUUACGUUUUGAUGCGAGCUCAGCUUUUAGCCUUGGCUCAAUCUAUAUAAUAGUAUUUUGUUCACAGAGGAAAGACUUGCUGCAGUUAAUGCUUGACGCAAAAGAAGAAAGCGGUGGAGAGAAAAUUGACAAUGAAGAUAUUCAGGCUCAAAGUCUUGUGUUUCUUUUUGGUGGUUACGAGACUACCAGUACCACUCUGGCAUUUGCAUGUUAUCAUCUCGCUCUUGAUGGGCAAGUGCAGGACCAACUGAGAGACGAAAUUGACCGAUUGUGGCCUGGAGACGAGGUGGGUCUUUAGGUAUCUAUCGGUUGAUUUGCGUUGAAAAUGGUGAAAUGUUAUUGGUCCUGUUAUGCUGAAGAUAAAAUCAAGAGGGUUGGUCAGUGACUGAAUAACAUCAUCGGAUAUUAUGAAGAGGUGUAGAGCGAUAGAGAAGAGUAAUUCGAAUUCAUGAUUUUUGCCAAUUCUUGGGAUGAGUUCUGCUACGCAUGAAAGCCUCAUAGUUCUAUCCAAGUGGCACUUAAACGUUUUUCUCAUGAUUUGUAGGAAUCACCAUCGUAUGAUGUUCUUCACCAAAUGCCUUAUCUCGACAUGGUUAUCAACGAAACGCUCAGAAUUCAUCCACCUGGAUUUGUGUAAGUAAUCCUUUUCGCUAAUACAUCCAACGCUCCCCUUGCGGCCACACUCGUAAGCGGCCAGGUCUACAGUUAAGACCAGCUUGGUAAUCAGUAUUCACGUUGCAAAGCAUUUUUGCUGAAAUCUCCCACCAAAUUGAGAAAAAAAAAAGGUAACGAAAAAAGACCAAAAAUACAAAAGAGGGCAUAGAUGGACUCACUGGCUAAAGAUGAUUAUAGAUUGAUAUGCAUGCUAACUGUUUACCAGAGGAUAUCUUUCGUUGUUGUAUCAUUUUCUUUUUACAGUACUUGGGAGACAUAUUUGUUUGACACAGAGCUGUGAUUCUGUCAUUUACAACAAGUUUCUUGGCUAACGUUCAUGGUCGUUACGGAUCGACGCGUUAUUGACUUUGUUAACAAAAUAACUUAGACGACCGUGACACAGUCCUUUUAACCAGCGAAAACCGAUUUAAAGAACGUUUUCAGGGCCAAUCGAACGUCCUCUGCUGGCAUAUACGUUGCAGUUAUAGUUUUUCCUUUGUUUGAAAUUCAUUAGUGUACAUUUCCAUACCCAACAACAAUAGAAAAAUAAAAAUUUACUGAGUUAAAAAUUUAACUGCAACAUAUAUUUUCGUCUAUAAUUGACUCAAUUUACUCUGCGCUUUGACAAAGUUUCAUAACAAUCUAACUUUUUAACUUAUUUGACCGCAGAGAGAGAACUUUAAACUCAAGGUCCUAAGACCUACUUCCAGGGGCCUAGGAGACCCUCCUCCUGUACUUACAGUAUCAUUCCCUAACCUUUCACUUCUUUUUACCUCCCAUUAGCCUCCAAAGAGAUUGCAACGAGGCCUGCACUAUUAAAGGAGUGUACAUUCCCAAAGGCUUACCGAUCUUAAUACCAGUCUACUCAAUCCAUCAUGAUCCAGACAUUUGGCCACAACCUGAAACCUUUGAUCCUGAAAGGUGAGUCAAAAUUUAUCUCCCAAAAAUACUAUGAUACUUACUUAGUGUGUAGGCUCAGCCUUGUUUGGUUUCAUUACGUGGGUCACAUUCUACUAGUGAUGAGUGCGCUAUCGACGAAUAGCAACGUCAAGCAGCUUCCGUUCGAUAUAUUAGGCUGAUUUAGCAACAGAACGGGACCGUCAGUUGACGACAUUGCGCGCAAAUCAAACAACUGGCUUGACCAAUUGCAGAGUGGCAAAUUGAGCACCGGAAGUCGUGUUUAGUUCUUUCCGGGCGCUCUCCCGUCGUCAAAUGACGUUCCCGUCCGUUGCUAAAUCAGCCUGUUGAAAGGUGGGUGGGGCGAGGGUACACUUUUAGUUUUGUUUAUUUAUCUGUAGCAAAGUGACCUAGCGCUCGUGCUAAUUCACUCAGGAUCAGCCUCGCCGUAGCUUUACUAUUCUAGUCUUCUUUGUUAGAAUAUUACGGUGGAUUUUAAAGUUUUUGUUGAUAACUGGCUCGAGUAUUUACGAUUUAUUUGAUUUGGGAACGACAAACCUUUAAAACCGAAAGAGCUAAGACAUAAGACCCCUCCAUGUUAGUUUUCGUUAUUACGAAAGCUGAGAGCCCAAAAAUCCAGCUCAUCGAAUUAUGAAGUCAGAUAUGGCCUUUCCAAGUCUAUUCAUGUUAAGGAGGUCUGUGAAUUUCUUUGCAGUGGUUUGGUUAUAUCGGGUUAACUGUUAGUAUUUAACGGGAGCUCCGCUUUUACGCUGGGCUAAAUCUUCUAAAAUAGCAUUUAGCAGUUACGAAGAGGUCUAUAGAAAUUUGCUCCCAUAUCUUGCUUUGCUCUGUCACAUUUAAUUUCCUUUUUCUUCCUUUUUUUUCACAAAAUGUUUAUUUUUUUAAAAUAAAUUUCAGGUUCUCUGAAGCUGAGAAAGCAAAGCGCCAUCCAUAUGCCUUUAACCCGUUUGGUUACGGGCCUCGCCACUGUGUUGGAAUGAGAUUUGCCUUCUUGGAAAUUAAACUGACGCUGGUGAAAGUAUUAAAAAAGUUCAAGUUGGAAAAGACUGACAAAAUGGAGGUUCGUGUGGAUGGGAUUUAG